CUAUCAGUUUCGCUUCUUGACGUGUCAGCUAGGAGCAAUGGACACAUCGCACAUUAAACAGCAAGGCGAGGGCGUGCGCACCCUCGCCUUCUUCGACCUGGAGACGACCGGCCUGCCGCACGAGCAGCCCAGGGUGCGUGUCACCGAGUUGUCCGUCGUCGCGGUCACGGUCGCCGACCUGAGAGCCGCGUCGCCGCGUUUGCCGCGCAUUCUGCACAAGCUUACAAUGUGCAUGAACCCCUGUUCGCCCGUCUACCCAAUGGCAAGCCAGGUGUCUGGCCUGGACAACUUCAUGCUUGACAACCACCCGACCUUCAAGACUGUUACGUGCGAUACCCUGGAAUCCUUCCUCCAAAGAUUGCCGCCACCAGUGUGUUUGGUAGCGCACAAUGGCCACCGAUUCGACUUUCCGCUUUUGGCCAAAGAGUUCCUCUACGCUAAAAGAGCAUUUCCAAAUAACAUUUUGUGCGCUGACACUCUGCCCUGCUUUCGUGAAUUGCUCAGGACGGAACGAGUUCCCAAGCAAGUAAUUCCCAAGCGCCGCCGGCUUGACUUUGACGCCACUCAACAAAUAAACUCGCAAAACUCUCACGAAUUCGACUCACCGAUACUGGAGGCUGAAAUGGUCAGCGCUGCAGAGGCAGUGGAGCAAGAGUCCCAGCAGACCUCUGUAACGCCGCCAGUGACCCCUACACAAAUGGCGAGAAUCCAGGAAAGCACUCCUAAUAAACGCAAAAAACCCAAAUCGUUUCGUCUGGGCGACCUGGUGCAGCAGUUAGCGCCCGAAUUUAGGGCGGACGCCCUUCACUCAGCCGAGGGAGACGUAAUGGCCCUUCUGCACUGCGCUUCUGUCCUUGUUGACCAGUUUGUUCCCUGGAUUAAUGAGCAUGCGAAAAUGUUUCCUGUGCAAGGUUAAUUUGUACCCCAAAUUGAUUUUUUAUCUUUCGCAAAAUAAACAUAUUAUAUUUUACGAAAA